AAUAGGUCCGCACCCGUUCCGCAUAAUUGUGGAACAGAUCCGGACCCAUUUUACGGACGUGUGAACGGGAGCUACGCAAACAGCUAUGCUGCUUCUGUAACUCUCGGAGCUACGACAACAGCGAGUGCUGGCUUGCUUCGCUGUUUCCGUACGCCUGGCCACCUGAGGCUGACGCUUAAUCCCAUCUCGCUCCUUUUAAUGUGGCUUUGCAGCAAUACCAGUCACAGUCAUGGACAACUGUGGCACUGUUUCUGGAAAACCUGCAAAUCCUUUCAUACAACCCAUUUAACCAUUGUAUUACAAAGUUGCAACUUGCAAUUUUCUUAUGUUUAAUUCAACACUAUUUUCAGACUUUUUGCUUGCUAUCAGUAAAAGGAUACAUUCAGAAUGUAAAAAUCUUCACGAUGGUGUGUGACUCGCACAGUAGCAGAUAUUUUGUAAGCGAGCACUGUAAUAAUGUUUCACUGUUUCAGUCCUUUGCUAUUUUUUAAGAUAUCUGCUUGUUUUCAAUCCAGAGGGUGGAAAAUGAAUGCUAAAAUGUGUUCCACAUUUCAAAAGUCUGAAAAGGACCUUACAAGAGGCAAGAAAGUAUAAAGAGCUGUGCACAUGUGUCAGUUAGGCAUGAUUGGGGCAAGUCUCCAGCCUCUAGAGCAACGUAGACUCAGGCCAUAACUUACUACCGCCGGUCAGCCCUGGACGAUCCAGCCGAAGGAGGACGACCAGCCAGUGUAAGUCCAAGCCCCCUCUCCUUCGAACCAGCAAGAGGACCAUCUACACAGCAGGACGACCACCGUGGUACAACGAGCAUGGGACACAAUCGAAGGAGGCUUUUGUGAUUGGUCUGGGUGGUGGUAGUGCGUCGGGUAAAACCACAGUUGCCCGGAUGAUCAUUGAAGCUCUGGAUGUUCCUUGGGUGGUCCUCUUGUCUAUGGACUCUUUCUACAAGGUGCUGACGGUAGAACAGCAAGCUCAGGCUGCCUGCAACGAAUAUAACUUUGACCACCCAGAUUCAUUUGACUUUGAACUGAUGAUCAGUACAUUGAAGAAGCUGAAACAGGGAAAGAGCGUGAAAAUCCCCACGUAUGACUUUACCACUCACAGCCGAACCAAAGAUUGGAAAACCCUUUAUGGAGCCAACGUGGUCAUAUUUGAAGGGAUCAUGGCGUUUGCACAUGCAGAGCUUCUGAAGCUGCUAGACAUGAAGAUUUUUGUAGACACUGAUUCCGAUAUUCGCCUUGUACGGAGACUACGGAGGGACAUAUCAGAACGAGGCAGAGAUAUUGAGGGAGUCCUCAAGCAGUACCAUGCCUUUGUGAAACCUGCUUUUGACCAGUACAUACAGCCCACUAUGCGCCUCGUGGAUAUUGUGGUGCCAAGAGGUAGUGGUAAUACAGUGGCCAUUGAUUUGAUUGUGCAGCACGUACAUAGUCAGCUGGAGGAGAGGAAGCUCCGCUGGGACAUGGCGGCCUUGGCCUCUGCCCAUCAGUCACAGCCACUGCCAAGGACACUUUGCGUCUUAAAGGAAACACCUCAAGUAAGCGUCAUGCACACAAUUAUAAGGAACAAGGAGACAAGUCGGGAUGAAUUCAUUUUCUAUUCUCGCCGCCUCAUGAGACUUCUGAUAGAACAUGCACUUUCCUUUCUUCCAUUCAGGAGCUGCACUGUGCAAACCCCACAAGGACAUGACUACUAUGGACGGACGUAUGAUGGCAAACGGAUAACUGGAGUUUCUAUAUUGAGAGCUGGAGAGACAAUGGAACCUGCACUGAGAGCUGUAUGUAAGGACGUAAGGAUUGGAACCAUUCUCAUCCAGACUAAUCCUAGCACUGGGGAGCCAGAGCUGCAUUAUCUCAGACUCCCAAAGGAUAUUAGUGAGGACCACGUUAUUCUGAUGGAUUGUACAGUGUCCACUGGGGCUGCAGCCAUGAUGGCAGUUCGUGUACUACUGGACCACGAGGUUCCAGAGGACAAGAUCUUCCUGCUGUCUCUGCUUAUGGCGGAACUGGGAGUGCACUCUGUGGCUUAUGCUUUCCCCAAUGUACGUAUCCUAACCACAGCGGUGGACAAGAAAGUCAACAACAUGUUUCGGAUCAUCCCUGGGAUUGGUAAUUUUGGGGAUCGGUAUUUUGGGACAGACGCCCCAGCAGACUGGAGUGAUGAGGACGAUCCUGUCUGAUAGGUCCUAACCUUCCUUAUUUACACUAUUGUUCUUUAUUGUGUCGCUGCGGACUAAAUCCUAUUUUUCAAAUAAUAAAAAUAUUUAAAAACUUU